GACUAUGAGAAAUAUAAUCUGGAAUACAAUCAAUUCAAAGUAUGCUUUACAUUUUUGAGCUUUUUUUAAUUAAUGUCAUCUGAAAUAAACUUUAUAGAAUCACGUCUUUUUCUCUUCGUCACAAUUUAAUCUGUUCACAAUAAGAUAUUACAAUAAACAACAAAUCUUCUUAUCCGCUAAGAGACGUCAAAUAAAAACUGAAAGAAGAAACUGAGAAGGAUGAUUAAUGUUAUACAAAAUGAAGCAAAUUGGAAUGUAAGAAAGUCCUUUGUCUGUUGAAUUAAUAGAACGUAUAUCAAUGUAACCUUUUAUUAACUAUACUUCACUAAGUAUUUUCGGAAAAGAUACCACUGUGAUAUAAUUGCCAUUGUCAGCAGUAUUCUCAAGUAUUCUUGACUAUAACAAAUAACAGGCAUUUGGAUACCAUUAAUUAGUUUUCUAUUACUAGUUCGCUUCUUUUUUUACUUUAUCUUUAUAACAAAAAGAAAAAAUUUAUUUCGUUAAUUAAACAAUAAAUCUCGUUAUGAUCUGUAUAAAUCUGACACAUCUAAUCAAAUCUAUUUUAAAAAAAAUAUUAAUAAGAAAAUAGAACACUUAUCUGUAAUGGCAGAAGCAUAUUUAAUACAGUUAAGUGUUUCUUUCAAUUUGAUAAAAAAUUACAAUUGAAAGUUCUCCAUUAUUAUUUUAUCGUAAUUGAUUGCAUAGUUCGAUAUUAUAAAAUUUUAUGUGAUCUUAUGUUAUUGACAAGGUCAGAAAACUUAUAAUAGAGAUCGACAAGUUAGUACUUUUGUGACUUACGUUAAAUCAUCGUCUUCUUUGGGAAAAUUUCCAUGUCAAAUGAAAUAAAAGAAGAAUGACUUUUUAAUAAAUUUUAACUCAUCCAGGUUCCGCUGACGUCUUUUUUAUUGUCAGAUUAUACUAUUUCUGCACUUCAUUUCAAUUUAUAUAUUUUUAUUUCAAUUUGAAAAGAGCAUCAUAUAUCAGAAUCUUUCUUUCUUUCUUUCUCAUCUCUUUUUCCUGUUGUGAGAUUUUUCCCUCGAGCUCACGUUUAUUUAUAAAUUCCUUUAGAAUCUUUCCACAUACCCACCUAUAUAUAAUGAAUAUUCUUAAAGAAUUUAUUAAGAACUGAUUUGCUUGAUACGGAAUCAUAAAGCUUAUAUAAAUCGAGGCAAUGUGUUCAUCAAAUCAAUUUUAUAUAAUUAUAUGAGUGCUAUUUGUAUUUUCUUGUUCAAUCAGAAAUCAAAACUAAAGCAUACCAAAUAAUUAUAUGUAUCUAUAUACAUUUUUAGCCUUGACUUAGCUAGGACAUUUCUGGAAUAUAAUGGUAUUGAAUAAUAACUUAUGUUAUACAAAUCACAACUGUAUACACAAGAUUGUCAUCUCAUUCUUUUUCCCCCUAUCUUAAUCUAACCUUCAUGAUACGUUUCUUUUUAAGCAAGCUUAUAUGACAAAAGAUUAUUGAUACAUCAUAUCAUGCAUGAUAUCUUCGAAAACAAAACAAUAAGUGAAUAACAAUAUGAUGUUAAAUGCACAGUUUUCUACUUAGAUGUCACUAUUCACAGACAUAGAAAAAUAAGAAAAAACAAUAAAAAUGAUUCAUAAUGCGUAUAGAAAAUUUCCUAUUCGCCCAAUGGAAAACCAAUCAUUCCAGAAAUUUCUACAUCUAAACAAAGAAUGCACCGUAAUAUGAUUAUGUUAACUUUCAAAAAACCAAAACUUCUUGUCAAGCAUCACUAAUACUUACUUUUCUAUUCAAUUAUGAACUUAUUUAUGUAUCUUCUAGAUUAGCAACAUCACCUUUAUUACUGAUGGCCGAUACUACUACUACUACAGAUAGACCAAUAUCUGUACAUUCACUUGUGUUCCGUUCACUUAAACGAACACAUGAUUUAUUUCUUGCUAAUCAAAAUACACCUGUAGCACCCGAUGAAACGGCAGAUGCUAUUACAAGAAAAAUUAAAGCAAAAGAUCAAUAUGGUACAGUACUUACCUUACCAAAAGGUAUGAAACCUCAUGUGAAAAGUACUACAGAAACAACUGAAACAUCAGGUGAAGCAACAAAUGAUGAUACAUCUGAGAAUACCAGUGAAACAGUUAAUGAUACCAUUCCACCUACAAUCUCAAAUACUGAUGUAACAUCAACAACAACAAUGAGCAAUGCACUUGUUUUAGCAAAUAAACCACAACAAACAUCGAAUCAACUACAAGCACUUGUAUCGAAAAAACCAGCAUCAGUUAUGCCUAAACCACAAUGGCAUGCACCAUGGAAAUUAAUGAGAGUUAUUAGUGGACAUUUAGGUUGGGUUCGUUGUGUUGAUGUUGAACCAGCUAAUGAAUGGUUUGUUACUGGUGCAGCUGAUCGAGUUAUUAAAAUUUGGGAUUUAGCUAGUGGCACACUUAAAUUAUCACUUACUGGUCAUGUAUCAACUGUCCGUGGUGUAGCUGUUAGUUCACGACAACCUUAUUUAUUCUCAGCUGGUGAAGAUAAACAAGUUAAAUGUUGGGAUCUGGAAUGCAAUAAGGUUAUUCGUCACUAUCAUGGACAUUUAAGUGCUGUUUAUGCACUUUCACUUCAUCCAACACUUGAUAUUCUAGUUAGUUGUGGUCGAGAUUCCGUUGCACGAGUAUGGGAUAUGCGUACAAAAGCUCAAAUUCAUUGUUUAACUGGACAUACCAAUACUGUAGCUGAUGUUAAAACACAAGCAGGAGAUCCAAGUGUUGUGACUGGAAGUCAUGAUAGUACAAUACGUUUUUGGGAUCUUAUUGCUGGACGAACAUAUUGUACAUUAACACAUCAUAAAAAAAGUGUACGUUCACUUGCAAUUCAUCCGAAAUGGAAUACAAUGGCAUCAGCUUCACCAGAUAAUAUUAAAGAAUGGAGAUUUCCUAAGGGUGAAUUCAUUCAAAAUUUAAGUGGUCAUAGUGCUAUUGUUAAUUCAUUGGCCUCUAAUGCCGAUAAUGUACUUGUUUCGGGUGCGGAUAAUGGUUCAUUGUAUUUCUGGGAUUGGAAAACUGGUUAUAAUUUUCAACGUCUUCAAACAAUUCCACAACCAGGUUCAAUUGAUCCUGAAAUGGGUAUUUAUGCAAUGACAUUUGAUCAAAGUGGUAGUCGAUUAAUUACCUGUGAAGCUGAUAAAACAAUUAAAAUUUAUAAAGAAGAUGAAACAGCGACUGAACAAAGUCAUCCGGUGGAUUGGGCACCAAAUAUUUUCAAACGAAAACGAUAUUAA